AAUACACGUAUUUUAUUUUAUAUUAUCUUAUAUGGACAUACGCGUAAUAUAUUUUUUAAUUUUGUAAAAAGCCAUCAAGUGAAUAUUAAAAUAAAAUAAUUUCUCGUAGCCCAGUAAAGCAGUAAAAAAAUUAUUAAAAUUUUUAUUAACAUUUUGGAAAAAUUAUAUGUUAAACUAACAAUUCUAAAAGAAAUUAUAUUUAUUUUAAUCAAACUGCCAUUUUAAGAAAAAGGGAAUACAAUAUUUCCAAUUACCUUUACGAAUAAAAUUAUACAAAAUUUUUAAUACUUUAUAAUAAAGCAUAUAUAUCUCGCUAUCGGUAUUUUAGCAUAAGAAUAGCCACACGUAUAGAGAUAAACACAGAAGAAACUUCCAUACAUUUAUUUUAAGCUAUCUUUUUUAUUCCAAAAUGGUGUUCCCAUACGACAAUACCCUUCCAAAAUAUAAAUUCUACCAAACUGUAGUUCACAGAUAUUCAACUAACCGACCAGUAGUUCCAGUGACUUCCCACCAAGUGUAUACCCAAAACUUCUAUGACAAUUCGGCCAGUAAUCUGAUUACUACCUACAUUUUCUUGAUUUUGUUUUUAUCCUUGUGCUACAGAUUAAUUGAUAAGGCGUUUUUCCAAGGCCGAUUAAUAAGCAGUAUCUUCGGUUUCGAUGAAGAAGAUAUAGACUCCAGAGUUGAAACUGAACCUGAUGAUAUUGAUUACGGCAAAUCUGAUGAUGAGGAUUCCUACAACUAUGAUGACUCAGAAGAAAAGGAAGAACAGGGACAAAAACCUGAAAAAGUAACUUUGGAAUCCCCAGAUAACGCAGAAAUCGACAUGUCCUCAUAAGAACCUUAAGAAGAUACCAAGAGGUUGGACGGAUGGACGGAUGGAUGAAUGGAUGAGAAAUUAUUUCCACUGUUCUGAAAAAUAAUGAAAUUAUACCUAUGUGUUCUACACAUCAUGUACACAUCAUGAAUACGAGAGGACGUAUUAAUGUUCUAAUUAAUAUAUCUUUUUUUUUUCCCUCUUUUUAUUUCAUUAUUUUUCUACAUGUACGAUUUUACGAUCUUGUUUUAUAAAAAGAAAUGUACAUUCCUUAUAUAUACUUAUAUUAUAGCAUAUCUUGUAUUCAAAAUGAUGAGCUAUAUAUCACACCAAAGUAAUUUUUUGUAUUUUUUUUUUUUUUUAUUACUUUUUUUUUAUACUUGCAUGAUAUAUACGUGGUAAAAGGAUAAAAAAAAGAAAUAAUACAUGAAAAGCUGUACAUGUGUGUUUCCAUGAUAAUUUUAUGAGCUAUCUCGCAAAAUAAUCGUUUCAAACACCCCCAAAAAAGAAAGAAGAAUAAGAAGAAGGAAAUGCAAGACGUUAUUAAUUUAUACUUGUUAUAUAAAUAAAUAAAGUUCAUCAUUCCAUUUUUUUUUUUUUUCUUUUAUUGCAUUUUUUUAAACUCCAUGAGAAAACAAUACUGAUAAAGAAACAACACAUGUUAGCUUUUUGAUAAAGGGAAUAAUUAGCCUUAUGAAACGUUUUAU